AUGGAUUGGAAAUGGCAAGGUGAAACACAUAGCAAACGUUAUGCACUGCUGAAUUAUAUGCACGAUGUAAUGAUAGAACAAUAUCAAGAACCAAUGGUUAAAGAAGACGUACAUCCUCUAAUGGAAAAAGUAAAGCAAUAUUCUACUCUUCCUAAAACGAUACAACGUCCGGAUGCAGAUGUGAUUCGAUUUAUAGAUGUGUAUAUGGGAAGAGUAAAUGGCUUUGCUUACGGUUCUACAGGCAGAUUUGUCAGAAUGAAACGAAAAGGAGUCAUAAAACCGACUUUUCCUUGUGAUAUGUAUAGAUUUCCGCCAACCACUUAUCAAGAGGUCGGUUGGUGGUUACAUGACCCGGCUCUACUAAAAACGGAUUGGUACGUAACCAGUCCAAGGUUCCCUCAACCUGCUUCGCCGAAUACUUUAAUUUUGGAUAAAGCGCGCAAAAAUAAUAAAUACGCAACUCUGUUUUGA